AUGUUCUCUUUCCCUAAUAAUAGUUUCCUUUCAUCUUCAUCUUCUUCUUUAUCUUACCCUAAUAAUAAUACCCUUUCUUCUUUUCUUGAAAAUGAUUUUCCAAAUAACAACACUUCUCUACUUCAUCAUAAUCCACCACUACUUUCUACUGUUCCUUUCACUGAUAAUAUUGUUCCAUUAUUCCAUGAUCAUCAUCAUCAUCAUCAUGAAACUGGUAAUUUUUCAGAUUGUAACAACAUUACAAUGUUUGAACCAGAUUCGUCAAACUUUGUUGGUAAUAUUCUUCCAAUUCCAAAUUUUGUGACAGAACAAAAACAAUUACCAGCAGCAACAGUGAUUAAUGGUGGAAAGAAAGAUAGACACAGUAAGAUUCACACAUCACAAGGUUUAAGAGACAGAAGGGUAAGAUUGUCAAGUGAAAUAGCAAGAAAAUUCUUUGAUCUUCAAGAUAUGUUAGAGUUUGAUAAACCAAGUAACACACUUGAAUGGCUUUUCACUCAAUCUGACACUGCAAUCAAAGAACUUGCUAGAACUAAAAACAACGGCGACUGCGGUUACAACGUCGACAACAAGGCCUUCUUUGAUUCAAAUAGCAACAAAUCAUUUUCCUCGGGUGGCGGUGUUGGUGGUGGUGUUGACGGUUGUUCUUCGAAAGGAAGAAAAUUGAAAUGGACACAAAAAGAAGAAACAAAAAAGGAAUCAAGAGAAAGAGCUAGAGCUAGAGCAAGAGAAAGAACUUGUUACAAGAUGUGUAGUAAUAAUGGAAGAAUGCAAGAAGAAAUUAGGUACCCUAACCCUACAAUAACAGAUUCAACAACUACUACUCAACAAAUGUUACUUCAACAAUUGAUGUCAUCAACAUCAUCACCUGUUGAUAGUACUGAAACCGAGGCUUAUGCAAGAUGGCGUCAUCUUCUUCAACUUCAAACCUAUAACAACUCUUCUUCUCUUCAUAAUCAUCAUCAUCAUAAUCACUUGUUGGAUAGUGAAAUAGCUAGAGAUCAUGGUGGAUUUAAUGUCAUUGAAGAAUCUAUUAUGAUUAAAAGGAAUAUGAUGUCUUCUUCUUCUUCUCAGUAUCAACAUCACCAAAACCUAAUUCCUAAUAUCCCUAAGGAAUUACCAAAUUUGAGUUUCAACAAUAAUAUUAAUGAUUACCCUUUAUUCCCUUCAAAUUGGGAGAAUAAUGGAGGAUGCUCUAGCUUUUGUGGAAUAGCUACUAUGAAUCUAUCUACAUGCUUCAUGAAUCAGUGAGGUUGGAAAGUCUUGGGAGGAGAGAAAGAAUCAGAGGCAACACUAAUUUGCUAGUUUUCGGUAAUAUCUGAUCAGAAUGAAACCUCUCAAGUGAUUUGCCUUGUAAUCAUCAUCGCAUCUUUUUUUUUUCUUUUUUGUUUUUUUGUGCUUUAUAUUCCCAUUUUACAAUGUUUUUGUAUUGAUUCUUC